AUGAUUCUAUUAGAUGUUCAGUAUUAAAAUUGUUAAUAUAGGUAUAAAGAAUAUAAAUAUUAGAUUGACAGUUUAAGAAUACUUAAUAAUAAAGUGGAUUUAUUUAAGAAAAAAAUAAUUCUUUGGUUUUAGAUAAUAGUUAAGUUAAGAUUAAAGAGAAAUCUAACUGUUAAAAGGCAAUCUUGAUUAAAUAACAUUUCUAUUUUGGUAUAAUAUUGGUAAAACUAUUUUAAGCAGUAUUCAUUAAUAUUAUUAAGGUUUGUAUAAAAUUUGGAAGAUUAUGAAAAAAGUAUAUACAGUACCAACUCCAAGAGAAUAGAAACCAAAAGUAUAAUAGAAGAGUUAAAAUGAUGUGAUGUGAGUUAUAUUAAAUUAUGCGUAGAAAGUAAUCGUAAUUUGCCUAUAUUCCUGAUUAACCCACUUAAAAAGAAUAAUCAUCUAAGAUGGCUCGUCCAUAUUUAAUGUUCAAACCUAAGUUAGUAGAAGAAAUAGAUGAGAAUAAUAUGAAAAAGAUGAAACUUUCAUUUCACAAUUCAAUAACUGACUUAUAAACUUUUGAAGAAUUAGCACAAGAAUAACAGCAAAGGGAAUCAACUCCAAAUUUAAAUUUUACUCCUUAAGAAAAGACUAAGACAUUUGUCAGGUAAACUAUUAUUUUCUAUUAUCUUAGAAAGUCUAUGAGACACUUAACUUAGCUUUGAAACAAAUAAAUUUCGUGAUAAAUUAUAUAUAUGACUUAUUUAAG